GCCCUGGUCCUGAAGGAUCAUGGGUACAGUAAAGGAAUAAAAUGGCGGACUUGUCAAAUGAAGAUAAACCUGCUAUAGCUGCACCAGCAUUUGUGUUUCAGAAGGACAGAGCACAGAAGAGGUCAGCAGAUGGGUCCGGUGCAGAAGAUGGAGAAGACUCUGAUCGAGAUGACAGCAGCUACUGUCCCCCUGCUAAAAGAGAAACAUUAUCAUUCACACACUUUCCACCCUCUAACUCAGUGUCUAAGAACAAUGUUUUCAUGCCAUCCAAUUUCUGCCAGUCCCCGACUGGAAAUUCUGAUUCGGAGCCCGAGGAGAAAGUUGUGGGUUUUCGUCUGAGGCCACCAACGCUAAUACAUGGGCAAGCACCAAGUGCUGGAGUACCAAGUCAGAAACCUAAGGAGGAGCAGCGCAGUGUGCUUCGUCCUGCUGUACUUCAGGCACCUCCGUCCUCCAAGUCUUUAAGUUCAUGCAAUUCUAACAGUGGUACGAAUGGAGUGAACAAGCCAUUGGAAGCACAGCCAAGACCAGAGGAGUCCUGUGAAAACUCUGAUGGAGGCACACAUGAGACUGACAGGUCACCGAUAUCAAAAGGUGAAGAUGGAGAUGAGCAACAAAAGAAUGGGGACGAAAGUAAAGACAAGGUUCAUCCCACGGAGUCAUCAUUUGUCUUUGGACAGAAUAUCAAAGAGAGAAUCAAGGAAAGUAAAGAAAGUAAUUCCAGACCAGACACAUCUCAGUCAGAAGAGACAAAUUAUUUUCUACAGUACAUGAAUAACACAAGCUCCCAGAAAGAGGAUGAGUGCAGUGAUGCUGGUGCAAAGUUUGUUUUUGGGCAGAACAUGUCAGAUCGUGUUUUGAGCCCGAUGAAAUGCAGUAAAGCAACAGCAGAGGGCAGGGUGGAGUCGAAGCCAGAGAGUCCAAGCAGUGAACCCUGCUCUUCACAAGAUGUCAAUUCUGAAAAAGAUGCUAACACAGCAGACUCUCUGGAGGAGUCAGCAGCUGCAUACACAAAAGCUACUGCCAAGAAGUGCUUACUAGAGAAAGUGGAGGUGAGGACUGGAGAAGAGUCAGAAAGCAAUGUUUUACAGAUCCAGUGCAAGCUGUUUGUUUUUGAGAAGAGCUCACAGUCGUGGGUUGAGAGAGGUUGUGGACUUCUGAGACUUAACGACAUGUCGUCAACUGAUGUGCAAAAUGGAACGCUGCAGUCCAGACUGGUGAUGCGAACUCAAGGAAGCCUGCGCCUGAUUCUGAACACAAAGCUGUGGGCUCAGAUGCAGGUGGAUAAAGCCAGUGAGAAGAGCAUUCGCAUUACUGCCAUGGACACUGAGGACCAGGGAAUUAAAGUCUUCCUUAUAUCAGCGAGCUCUAAAGACUCAGGGCAGCUGUUCGCAGCUCUGCAUCACCGCAUCCUGGCCCUGCGGAGUCACGCAGAACAAGAGCCAGAGCCUCAGCCAACACUCCCGGAGGGCGAGGCAAGCCGGUCCAGCGACGAGGACGACUCUCGCGCCCCCCCUACUACUGCUGCUUCUGUUCCUGCUUCAGGUAUCCCAGAAGGAGGCGAGACCCGGUCCUCAGAAAGCACGUAGCAGCAACUUCUCUCAGCACUGCACACAGCCAUGCAGCCGGCACUGCUGGAAACAUCCCAGACCUCCAUCGCUGUGGCCUGAAGGCUCGUUCCAGUGAGAUUAUUAUGCAGGUGUUUCUCACUAAACUCAUAUUCACAGACAUGGGGUGGAUAGCACUUUUCUGUUCAGAGUAGACCUAAAUAAUAAUAAAAAAAAGCGUACUAUACUUCUCAAGCUCAUCACAUUGAUGUGUAAGAGGUUGUCUGGGCUUUUGAGCAGAUUUAGUUUUCUUGUUAUUUCCCACAUAGAAAUACCCAAAUUGAAGUGUCAUCAAAUGUGAUUUAAAUAAGUAAAUUAGUUCUGAAUUAGUUAAACAGAUUAUUUUAAGAAGACUAGCAUUGUUCCAUCCCCGGUGCAACCAGACAAAGCAAAAAGUGUACAGUCAUUUCAGUUUUAAAAAGGUUUUAACAAGCAUUUUUACGUCGCUUUCUGGAUUACUGCAGUAGGCACCAUUAUAGUAUCCUGUUUACAUAAAAAUCAUCUGUAGUUCAGACCCAACCAGCCUAUGACUAUCAGCUAAUUAAUAUAAAUGUUGUGUUUGAUAUUCCCUGAAACCAAAUUUGAAUCUGAUAUCCCAAAUUGUCCAAAGUGGAACCCUUUGUUUAGUUGUUUUCCACAUUUGUUUUGCUGUGAUGUGGACGAGCAAAUUAUACUGCAACUUAUAUUAUUAUAUUAUUGACUAAACGCACAUUUUUAUAGUUUCUGUUAUAGAUACAUAUUCUCUGCGUCUGCUAAGUGUUGCUUUUUUUGUCUUUUUCAUAUAUUUAACCAUAUCAUAAUAUCUUCUAAUGAUUUUUAUAGAAAAUUUGUUUGAAAUUUGUUUUUUUUUCCUUCUUUCAGUUUAAUAAGAAAUAUUAAUUACAACAACCUGGCAGAUAAAAAAGAAGGCAGAGAAACAUGGUAAAAUAGAAAACAGAUAAAUGUGUUCCUACAAACUGAAUUUUAACUAUAAAUUUAUUAGAGAUGCACAGUGAUGUCAAAAUUCUUUUAAUAUAGGAAGAGAUUUGCUAAAAAAUAAAUGAUCAACAUCUCAUACAGGUGAGGUACCUAGACUUGACUAAUUGAUAUUUUAAACUGUUUAAAUUUUUAACAGAUAUUUGAUGAUUUAUGUUAAUUUUACUCUAGAUGAGCACGAUCACAAUGCAUAAGUUCUGUGUAAAAUUGUCAAUUUAUUCAUUUUAAUAUUUAAACCAUAUAUAAAUGAAUGCUUUUCACUUUUCAAUACUGCUUUUCCAAAUAGAUAUAGCUCCAAUUUCUACAUUUAAUGAAUAUGUACAUAUCACCCUUUGCAGGGGGAAAAUAUUGGAGGUUGGCCUGUAAUUCCCAUAUCCAUGUAUUUCUAACAAAAAUACAUCUUGCUUUUCAUGUGGGACACGAAAUUGGCUUGUCUCAAAGUCAUCAAUUCACUGCUACCCUGUCUUUUACCUCACUUACUGCAUAGCAAUCAGAUCCUCAUGCUCAUACUUGUUUUUAUUAGUUUUUAAUUGAUGCCCAAAGGAGACGUUACCACAGGAAACAGAUAUACAAUACUGUGUAAAGGUUUUAGGCACUUGUAAAAUUUUGAAUGGUAAAACUAUUUGUCUGGGUGUGUUUAUUACUCAGUUAAACCUUUAAAAGAAGGGGUUUUACAUAAGUUAUAAAUGUGUUCAUUAACACAGUUAACUUAUUUAUUAACACUGUUAAUGGGAGUAAAGUGUUAUUCAUAGAUAUCAUCCAACACCUGGUUUUGUUGAUCAGUGUUUAUUAAUGUUAAAUCAGGUGAUGGAAUUGAACAUAUCCAACUGCUAGCUGGAGGCUUUGUUUUUCAGACUAGCUCAUAUGAAGAAAAAUGCAAAUUAUUUUUAAGCCUUUAUGAAUGGGAUUAGUUUUACAUAGAGAUGAGGGAUAAAAUAAUUUUAUUACAGGGCGUCAAGAAAACGUAUGACUAAUUUGAACAGAAUAAGAAAUCUCAGCAUAAAUGACUGAGAUGGGAACGGCUACUCAAUUUACGCACUGCCCUCACCUCCGAAAGUAAUAUAUAGUGUGUGUAUGUGGGCGGUAAGUAGGUGAUUCAGCCUGUAAUUUUCUCAGAGUAGAAAAACACAUACAUGGUCGUUCCGGACGAGAAUAAAAUCACGAAGGACCCCCCAUAAAAGAGAAAAUUACCCCAGGACCCCCUGAGAAACUAAUCCAAUCAGGAUAGGGCUUAAAAAUAGUCCACCAAACUAAAAUGUCCAGCCAACAGCAUUCUGUAACUUCUGUUAAUUUUAUGGUCUGUAAUAAUGAAAUUUUAGUUAUUAAUUAUUAUAUUAUUAUAUUAUAUUAUUAAUUAUAAUAUUAUUAAUUUGCAGCUAAAUUAGCAAACUAACUUUUAAACUACAGGUAAAGCUACAUACAACUUGCCUAAUACUGCCAGCAUUGAUAUGUGUAUUUGCACAGCAUUAAUUUAGACAUUCUUAAGUUAUUUUUACGGCUCCUUUUAAAGAACAUAAAAUAUUCUGGAAUCUUUAUUGAUGUUGGAGCACACAUUCCAUAAAAAUGACUGACAUGGUGCAUUCAGACAGGACUAAAAUCACCUAAAAUCUCUGGUAAUACCUCAAUUAUCCCACUUACCCCACUCACAACUAAUCCUAUCUGAAUAGGGCUUUAUUUAAAUUUUUAUUAAUACUUGAUACCUGCAUCAGUUCUAAUGUAACUGGUGUCUUUAAGCAAAGAUUAAGUAGUCUUAAAUAAUUGUCAUAGUUGCCUAAAACAUCUGCACUGUACUGUAUGCUAAAAGGCAGGCUGGUGAGAGAGUCUGUAUUAUUGCAUCCACCCCGACACAGUUUAUCAGCAGACAGCACUGAAAACACGGACUCAGAUUAAACAACACUGCCAUUUGUUUAAAGAGCUCAAGCUUCUGUGAGUGAUGAUGUGGGAUAUGUUGUGUUUGUGAAAAGGAUCUUUAAGAAGAUGCAGUAAUGUUUCUUAUCUAAUAUCCUUCAGUGAAGAGUAGCGCCCCUGUUUUUUAACCUAUGUAUAUUCAAACCUAGAGAAUGGGACACAUGAACAUUAUUGUAUUGUUGUUGUGCACUACCACUCCUGUACUGCCAAAAAUCUCUUCGUGAAAAUAUGUAUUUUAAGUAAGAAAAGCUAGUAAAACAUCCACAAAAAGUGUGUGAAAAUAAAAAACGAAAAUUGAUGAUCGGAGCAAAAAGCCUUGAAGUUGAAAGAUAAGAAACCAUAUUUCGAAUCUUUCCUGCAUUCUGUAGCAGUAUGUGAUCUUGUGUGCAUAGUGUUUUUUUUUGUUUCUUUCAUUAUAUUAUUAUUUUUGUUUAAAAAUAAACUCAUAAAGCCUCUCACAGGGCACAGAUAUGAAUGUAUAGCUUUCCUGUAUUUUAAAGGGCCAAGGUUCUUCAGCACUUUCCCAUCUGUUUAAGUUAUUUUCCCAUCAAUAUGAACGUAAGAGUGUAAGGGAGCCGGAGGGGCUAGACGUUCACGUGUGAAUGUUUGGUCGGUGAGAUUGGGUUGGUUUAUCAGACUGGAAUUGUUUACAGCAGAUUAACUGUAUCUUUUGGUCGUAUACAUACAUAGGUUAGUAUCUGCAAAGCCUAAGCUGCUAAAGUACAAUGCCACUGGGCAUCUGUUGAACAUCAUCUUCUUUUACUUUUACUAUUUUACUGGAUUUUGUUUUUUUUGGGUUUUUUUUUUUUCUCAUGGCUUGGAAAUUUUAUAAAUGUGCUUGAUAAUAGACAGGACAGAUAUGGUUUCUAGGAAACGUGGAGACAUUGUAAUAUAGGAGUCUAAAAUAUGCAAAAAAAAAAAAAAGUUUUUUAGUUUUUUAUAGCAGUUUUUAAAAGUAAUCCAUAUAUUUGGGAUUAUAGAUGAAGCAAUAGUCACAUUUCGUAACGUGUAGUAACGGCGAUUAAAACAUCUGGCAUUUUAACACUUUUUUAUGAUCUUAUUUGAAAACUGCCACUGCAGCGAGACCAAUUUACAAGAAAUUAAUGCUGUGAUUUUGCUUUCUAGAGUUUACUUAAUUUGAAUUUGAGUUUCAGAAGUUAAAAUUUGUUUCUCAUUUUGAGUAUUAUUUGCACAUUUCUGUGCAUAAUGUGAAUUUCUUAGAUUUGCAGUUUAGCAAUUUGCCGUUGGAAUAUGGAGGUUUCUGCCUGCAGUGUGAGCGAGGGCAGACGUUAGUUAGUGUUAGUGCCAGCUCACUAAUGUAAGAAAUAUUAAUCAGGCAUUUUUUUUUUACAUUUGUCAAAUGCCACGGUGUCUCAGGCAAUAUGCUAAUUUAGAAAAUCUGUCCUUUACAGUAUAUUUAUUGAUAUCAAAAGGUGUUGUUUUUUUUUUUGUUGUUGGAUAAACGAUAAACUUCUUCAUGUUUAAUCAGUUCUUUUUUUUUUUCUCUAAGCUGUUGGGCUUCUGUGGUUCAUGUUCAUCAGUGAUUGUCUUUGUUAUUUAGUCUAAAUUAGUCUAAAUUCCCCAAAAAGUUACAGUGAGUUACAGUAAUACUAACACUGAUUAAGAGGUGUUAAACCUUGGUUUGGAACAGUAAUGUCUUGUUGAGGUUUUAUUUGAGAAGAAAAUCUUAUUACCUCACUUUCACCAGUGUAAAAAAAACAAGAAAUUGUUGGUUCAGAAUGAUUUUGGAGAUGAAUUGUGGCCUCCUUAUUUUUGUGUAACUAUCCAUGUAGAGCAUCUUGUCCUAUUAUUGUUUGCUUUUAGCUUUAGUAAAAAGGAAAAAGGGAGGGGCGGGGCUAAAAUGUUAUUAGAAAUGUUGGCUAUUUGAAAAAUAUAUUAAAAAUAUAUCCAAUUGUGAA